AUGGGCUCCAUUAUUGGAGACAUACAAUCCCAGAAUAAGCCCAAAGCGCCAAGUGUAUCGCUUCGUCUUAGAUCCAUGCCAGGAACUACACGGCCUUCCGACAGUUGUGAUAUUAUUCCCGUGUUCUUCGGCGAAGGGACAUUCAACGACGGUCCCAUUAUCAUCCUUUCCGAGGUGGUGGGGAAAACACUCUACGAACUUUCCUUUAGCAAGGCUGCUAUAUCGCUGGACGAGCUUCGAGUUCGACUGGAGAAUGCUCUAGAGUCAAUACAUUUGCUUGGUGCAGAGUAUUUGGACCAGCAAUUGAGCAACUUCAUUCUCUGCGACACGGGUGAAAUUAUGAUUGUUGAUUUCGAGCAAAUUGAUUUUCCACCUGAUCUUGAAGUCUUUAGGCAAAGUGUUAAUUAUGGGGGUGUGGGCACUCUCUUAUAUCUUUUCAAUGUUACGAGAGAGAAUAAUAGUCGCUUGGCCCAUGACAACUUUUUGCCUGUGGGGGACCGUACGUCUUGA